AUGGCCGAGUACGACUUUGUGCCCGAAUUCCGUGCCUCACUGGCAACGAAGCAGAAGAGCUUGCCGAGCGAAACAGCUACAGACAUGGUAGUCAGACUCGCGAGUUUUCCUCCCCUAGCUCAAGCCACUGUCUCCACGAAUGAAGUUACUCGCUUCCUCGUCGUCAUCGAUGUACCGAAUGACCUUGCCGAGAAGCCAUGGGAAGUCGCCAUCUGGCACUCUUCUGGGAUACAAGAGUGGGCGGAGACACGACUGCAGCGUGAUCAAGGCGACGUGCUGCCAAGCAGUCUCUCAACAGCCACACUUUCGCACGCGCGGCUGUAUUAUCGCACGACGAUUUCCACGGACUCUAUUCGUAACUUCACGUUGAAAUUUCGCAGCCACCCGAGCGAAACAUGGCGAUGGAUUAAGAAUGAGCAAGGCUUGAGUGACGGUCUUGUCUUGCGCCAAACGCCUCCACUGCGCAACAUCACCUCCGGUGAUCUGGGGGAAAUCGUGAUUGGACUAAACCCCCAUCUUAGAGUCAAGUCAGCCAUGAGUCAGUGUCCCGGCACUCAGCUGUGGGAGAUUCAAGCAGACAUCGAAGGCGUGCUGCACGACCGCUCUUCAUCGUCGGUUGUCGAAUUUGGCAGGCCUUGGAAAACACUGCAGCGCUGGUUUGCUCUCGCCCGCCUGUGGUCGCCAUGGUUGGUGCCCAGACAUGGCAUUGACACCUUCAAUCUGGACUGCGAUGCUAUGAUGUGUGCAUUUCUCAGCGAAGAAGGACGUCACUUUGUACUGCUGGGUACAAGUGAUGUCAACAAUGUCACAACAGUCAUUCGAGGUUCAAGUUCCGGUGUGGUCGAGCUCAACCUCCGUAAUGACAACGAAGCAGCAGCGGCAGGGAUUAUCAUAGCCGUUGUUGGCAAUACGUUUGACAAUACUCUUGCUGCUGCGAUGUACCACGCCAGAAGUGUGCGAAGUCGCAUGAGCGCUCAAGAAGAACCCAUUGAUACAUCACGCGAGGUCCGACCAUUAUGGCGCGAGAGCUGGUAUGAUGGACUAGGUUUCUGCACCUGGAACGCAAUCGGCCCUGAGUUGAGUAGCGCAAAAAUCGAGAGCGCUCUGGAAAAUCUUGCGAACCAUGGGAUACAAAUAACCAACUUGAUCAUCGACGACGGUUGGCAGGAUGUGGAUAGAGUGGGACAAAGCCAGUAUCAACACGGUUGGAAUACUUUCGAUGCAGAUCCACAGUCCUUUCCUGGUGGGCUCCGAAACACGAUUUCGCGGAUACGAGCGAAACACCCGCACUUGCAACAGAUCGCGGUUUGGCACGCAUUGCUGGGCUAUUGGGGUGGUUUAUCCGCCAAUGGCCCUUUGGCAAAGAAAUACAAAACGGCGGAGGUUACCCGACAAUCGUCGGGACGACCAGAUGUGCCACUGGACGGCACCAUCACAAUUGUUGGGAAGGAUGAUGUUGCUCGCUUCUACAACGACUUUUAUGCAUUUUUGGACACGUGUGGCAUCGAUGGUGUAAAGACUGACGUGCAGUUUAUGGUCGAUAUGCUGCAAUCAGCCAAAGAACGGAGAGAGCUCAUAAACGAGUAUCUCGAUGCGUGGGUUAUCGCCGGGCUGCGACACUUCAGUCUUCGAGCGAUCUCAUGCAUGUCACAGGUUCCACAGAUCAUGUUCCACGAGCAGAUGCCACAGAACCGGCCAGCAAUCGUGCUCCGGAACUCGGACGACUUUUAUCCGCAUGUGCCUGCUGCACACCCGUGGCAUUUAUGGGCAAACGCUCAUAAUGCAUUGCUGACACAGUAUCUCAACGCGGUUCCCGACUGGGACAUGUUCCAGACUGAUCACGAGUACGGGGGCUUUCAUGCAGCAGCACGGUGCAUCAGCGGUGGCCCGAUCUAUAUCACAGACGUCCCGGGACGAUAUAAUAUUGACCUCAUCAACCAGAUCAGCGGCAUAACGACCAUGGGCAAGACUGUAACUUUCAGACCGAGUGUUGUUGGCAAGAGUAUCGACCACUACAGCGACUAUCAUGACCAUGUUAUCCUGAAGGUCGGCAGCUACAAUGGCGCAGCAAAGACCGGGACUCCUCUGCUCGGCAUCUUCAAUGUGUCAGGCCAAACACUCACAGAGAUCAUCCCACUUUCAAGGUUCCCGGGUACCGUCGAUAAUCUGAAGUAUAUUGUUCGCUCUCACGCGAGUGGCGACAUCUCCCCAGUGGCCAAAGUCGACUCGCCCGAAGCUGACUUGGUCAUCAGCCUUGAGGUCAAAGGUUACGAUAUCCUCACAGCGUUCCCUGUGAAGAGCUUAGAAGUGUCACUGAGUCAGUCCGUACAAGUGGCGAACCUUGGACUGAUUGACAAGAUGACUGGAGCUGCUGCUCUCAUGAUGAACGAGAUCAAGCUCGUCUCGAAUCAGCGAGCGAUGAUCGACACGCGAUUGAUGGCACUUGGAAAACUCGGCAUUUACAUCUCAAUAUUGCCAGAAUUGUCGCUUGAGGACGACUUCAUGAUCACAAUUCUUGGGCAGCCGAUACCUCAGCACUCUGUGGCUGUCCAAGGACUCGUGCUGCGUGUUGACUUGGAAACAGCGUGGAAAGAGAUGCAGUUGAGCCCUGGCUGGAGUAACGAGGUCGGCGUUCAGGUGUACUUCAACGUUGCUCCGUGA